UCUGCAGAAAGAGGAUCUCGAGGGCCAGAGUUGAGAACCUCUGUGUUAAUGUCUUGUUUUAAAAUCUUUCUUACAGAAUGCGUACUAUGAGCCAUCCUCCCUGGGGUUAUUCCUAAAUUUACCUGAAGGCCAUAACACCCAUACUGUGUACACAAAGGACAUGAAGGUCAUUGUUAGUACAGGUUAGUACUUGUCAUUUUCCAAAAUCCUGCGGCAAUAAUAUCAAUCAUUAAGCUAUAGGUGACACACUCAAUUGAUUUAGUCUAUGUUGAUAUGGAUGUCUCAUUAGUAUUAGUUGUGUAGAAGGCACACUCUCUGUUAAUUUGGCAGAACGGCUCUGCACUGUCACAGUCAAAAUGUGUGCGUGUGAACCAGAAACCUGCACACUGCUAAGGUAUGGGCUCUGGCCAGCAACAGCCGACAAGCCCCAGACAGCCUUCUCUAUCUCUCUGCUUGAGCUUUUUGUUUGUCUGUCACUGGAAUGUCAGGUUUCUGUUGAGGGUUUUUGCAACACCCUGCACUGGAAAAAUAACCUCACACUUGCAGAGGUCAACACCCUUUACAGAGCCCUGGUGGGAGAAUCCAUAUCCCAUUUUAGGCAUCACCACUUCAGACAAAGAAGUUUGGUAGAUGUUUGCCCACAAUUAGAUGAUGGGACCACAUGCCCAGCAUGUCCAAAGGUGGAUGGAGAUAUGAUAGUGACAUUGGAUGCCAACUUUGGCCUUGUGAGGAAGCAAAGCUCAGGGACAAGUGCGGUUGAGCCAUUACAUGGAACCAGCAUGUUUGUUGAUGAAAAGGAUGUAGAGGACUACCUGCUAUCACAUCUUGACAGCUCAAAGCCACACGAAGACUGCAGUAACUUUAAGGCUGGCAGUGUGUUGAGGUCACAACAAGAAGCAAAGAAACUUGAUGUUACAGGAGUGUUUGGAGCAUCCUGUCGUCAUGAAAUGCCCCUAAUGUUUGUCAACAUGAGCCAAGGAGAACGAUUAGCCUAUCCCCUGUAUGUCAUCGAUGCGUUACUUCAAAGAUGUGAGGACAAGAACAUACACCUGCGAGUAGUCUAUGACAUUGCCUGUGUUGUUGCCUCACAUUUGCAGGGGAGGGCAUACCACACAACAAUCUCCUUGGCCGUACCAGCAUUUCAUGUUUAUGGACACAAAUUGCCCUGCCAGGUAAUUCAUUGACUUCAUUGGGACAUCAGGACAUGUUAAACACACAAUUCACUCCUUGUUUGCCCUCCAUUUUUCCUGUCUAUCCACUGCAAAGCUGAAAUGAGCUAGAAAUGCCUAAAAAUAAUCUUUAAUCUAACAUUUUUCUAACCUGGUGUUUGUCUAAACUUGUUUCAGAGAUGCAAUGUGUUGGACAAUCCAGUGGAAACCGCUUAUCUCAAAUCUGUCUGGGGGUCAAACUAAUCACUAUAAUCAGAGGAUUGUUAAAACCAAUUUAGCUUCCUUAGUUGAUUUUUAUGCAGAUUACAAUCUAUUUUUUAUAAUAAUUACAUGAAUAUAAAGUAAUGAACAGCUUUGCAAUUUUUAUUAAUUUAAAGAUAAAAUAACAUAAGCUGACCGCUAAGGCCCUCUCCUGCUCCGGACCUUGUCUGAAUGGACUGCAUGAAAAGCUGCAUUACACUCCACUUACAUUACAUACAGUAUACCUACUGCUGCUGUGAGAGUGCGGGGAUUUUAAUUAUGCACCAUAAAAGUCCCAUAACACUAGCAGCGCAGGAACGGGAGGGGAAAAUAACUCCUUAGACAACAGCAGUGUGAGUAAAGGAAAACAUCACAUGACGCGCAACUGCGCACAGCAGGCAUAUGCACACACAAAUAUAAACACCAAACAUGCCCAAUAUGAACAUCGUAAGCGGGCUACUUGAUUACAAUAAACAAAUUAUUUACACAGCAUUUCUAUAGAAAUGAUUCGCCCCAAGCUUUUUUAUUCAUAUCAUUUGAUUGGUUGAACACUGUAACCGUGAUCACUAUAAGUUGUAGGAUCAUGCUCAGUGUCAGUGUACAGUAUGUGAUAUUUUACCGCUUUGCUUUAAUCAAGUACAGUACCAGACGGCUUGAUGGGUUUGGGCUCACAGAUGGGGAAGGAAUGGAAAGGCUGUGGUCUUUCCUCCGAAGAUUUGCCAGAGUCACAAAGGAGAUGACUCCAUCUCAUCGCCAUGACCUACUGACUGAUGCCCUUUUGUAUUAUGGACGGAGGAAAUCAACUGACCUAGAAUUGAGGACUCUCUGCUGAACAUGGAGAAAAAACACCGCAUUAGGAGAAGAUGGCAAGAGUCUGAUUCAGACUUCCAGUCUACUCUUAAAGAUGUGGACCGUGAGCUCAGAGGCCAACUGAUCUGCAAGGCCUACUGGACCAUAUCGAUGGGCCCAUUAACCACUGAUAACAUCCAUUCAAUAGUGUGAUAACAUUCGAAGCGGGUGCAAGAGCGCUGAGACUGCGGCAUAUUUUGAUAUUAUUCAGCAUAAAAUAAUGUAAAAAAGCUUUUUUUCCAAGAUUUCUGAUAUAACAUAUCAUUUCAUGGAAACAAGGUGAAACAGCCCAUUUCAAGCUUGUCCGAUGUGUGCUCAUAUACGGUUUCACGAAAAAGCAUGAAAGAAAGGCGCUAGAGCGCUGAGACUGCGGCAAACGGCUUUUCAG